AUGAGUUUCAACGCAUGGAAAACACACAUUGAAGAAGGCGACACGGUCGUUGUUCACAUUUCUCGAAACAAUAUGCAGACUAUUGUUGUCAAGAAAGGCGAAGAGUUUACUAGUCGUUAUGGCAACUUCAAACACGAUAAGAUGAUUGGAAAGGAAUAUGGAUCCAAGAUGGUAUCAACCAACUACAAGGGCUUUGUCUAUCUGCUGCAUCCUACUCCCGAAUUAUGGACGCUAUCUCUGCCUCAUCGAACGCAAAUCUUGUACAUUGCCGAUAUUUCAUUCAUCACAACAUACCUUGACAUGAAACCUGGAUCACGCGUAAUUGAAUCUGGUACUGGCAGUGGAUCAUUUUCACAUUCUAUUGCACGUGCUAUUGGACCCACCGGCAAAUUGUAUACCUUUGAAUACCAUGAGCAGCGUGCAGUGCAAGCAAGAAAGGAAUUCAAUGACCAUGGUUUGGGUGAUAUUAUUCAGCUUGAGCAUCGUGAUGUAUGUAAGGAUGGUUUUGGAUUGAAGGAUGCUGUCAAUGCAGUGUUUUUGGAUUUGCCUGCACCAUGGGAAGCCGUCGCAUCAGCCAAAGAGACCUUUAUUCAGCAUCGAACGGGCAAGAUUUGCUGUUUCAGCCCAUGCAUUGAACAAGUGGCAAAAACAGUGGAGGCACUUAAUUCAAAUGGAUUUGUUGAUAUUACAAUGUACGAAUGCCUUGUUCGCAGCUAUGAUUUGAUGCCCACCCGCAAAGUGACAUUUGAGGAAGCCAUUGAAAAAGCCAAAUUGGGCCAAGGUGUGUUACCCAAGAAACGAUCAUCGGAAGAGGUGAAUGAGGAGAGCGAGAGGAAGAAUCAAGUUUGGGUCACCAAGACGCCUGUCGACACUCGAGGACAUACCAGCUACUUGACCUUUGCUACAUUUUUGCCAGCCAUCGACACCAAUCUAGCGCCACCGACACCAGCAUUAUCAUCAUCACCCCCAUCCACAGAAUCUCCUGUUCCUGAGAAUAAUGAAAAGGGAUCCGAUCAGCCUGCAGCAUAA